AUGGCGACUGGAGGACGCUCGCUGGAGGAGGUGUUUACAGGACCAUGGGACCCCUAUGCUGAGGGAAGCGACCCCUUCGACUUGGAGAGGGGAGAUGAAGAGACAUUACCUUUGAUUGAGGUGGACGUUGAAGGGAAGGUACCGGGUGAAGGGGCUAGCAGCACAACGGUGGCUGGUGAGGCAACGAGCACAACCCUAACCACGGCAAGUCCAACUACCCAAGCAAAGUCAUCGGAGGCUGCACCUGCUCCUACAUCCGGCGCGGGCAUCGCCGGGAGCUCUCCGUCAGUGACAAAGACAACGGCGAAAGCUUCUUCUGCCACCACCGUCAGCCCCGUGGUGACGAAGGGAUCUGAUGCCACAACUCCAAAAGGAACGACACCAAGUUCGGGAACCCCCUCACCAUUGCCGUCAGGGGCUCGACUGACCACUGCCAAGCCAACCACUCCACCUGUAACAGGUGCAAGUACUCAGCACACAGGAGCCACUACGGCGCGAGUGACGCCCCCAGUUGUGACACCUUUGACUCGGUCGAGCACAGUGAGUUCAGGAGGCCCGGCCCGAUCCACUUCCUCCAGCUCGGAUGCGUCAGGAAAGGCGACGGGGACUUCUCCGAAGCCAAAGGAGACAUCGCCGUCGGUUGCCCCAACAGCAUCCCACACCCCUACGACGACGGCAGUCCACACAACGUCAGGGGAAGGGGUCCCUGCUGUCCUUCCGGGAAGUGACGCUCCUGGAAACGUGACGAUGACAAGAGUGACCCCAGGUGGGGCGGUUGUGACCACCGCCCCGAAGCGGGGGCACACGUCGCCCGAGGGAGCAAUACCGACCCCUGUGACAACCCCAGGGGGAACCCAAGGCAGUACCCCUCCUCCACCACCUCCGCCUGCUUUUUCGACCACCUCGGAUUUGACCCGGAGGACCUCCGCAACCACUCUUCCGGAGCCACACUUAUCCUCAUCUCCUCCUGGCGGAAGCAAGCAGGGUUUAUGUGCCGCCCACACCAAGAUCAUCUGUGAGAGCGUCAGACCGUCUGAAUACCAGGGAAUCCUUUUGACCAUGAAUGAAUCUAGAACCUGCGAGAGCUUAGAGAACAUUGCUCUGAAGGACUCUCUCAUGAACGUCUUCUGCAAAGCCGUGAAACCCAACUUCAACCAGAGCCGGGAUGUGUGUACAGCAAAUAUGGCUCCCGUCGCUGGCCACCCUCAAAAACUGGCAGUCCUUAGCGUAUCUGUGACGUUAUGUUUGCUGGGCGAGGAAUUAUCUGAAUCUCUGGCCGUGAAGAAGGCAGAACUGGAAAAGCUUGGCUUCAGCAACUUCACCUAUGGUGGCAAAACCCCGGACAUCGAUGGGGAAGACCGCUUUGGCAUGCCCUUGAUCAUCACCAUCGUCUGCAUGGCGGCCUCCCUGCUCCUGGUGGCUGCCAUCUAUGGCUGUUGCCACCAACGCAUCUCGCGGAGAAAAGACCAGCAGCGCCUGACCGAAGAGCUCCAAACGAUGGAGAACGGUUACCACGACAACCCGACCUUAGAGGUGAUGGAGACCUCGGCCGAGAUGCAGGAGAAGAAAGUCAACCUGAACGGGGAGCUCGGGGACAGCUGGAUUGUUCCCAUGGACAGCCUGACAAAGGAGGAUCUGGAAGAGGAGGAAGACACCCAUUUAUAGAGCAGAAAAAAGGGAGAGAGGAAAGAAAAGGAACCUUGAGCUAAGCAAAAAAAAAUUAAAAAUGGAAAACUUCCACCGUAGCCGCAAGUGCCAAUAGGGGGAGGAAGUAAUGCAGUUACAGGUUGGGUUGCCUGCCUUGGCCAAAUUCUUGUGGGUUUUUGUUUUGUUUUAAUCCCAUUAACUUUCUAAGCAGCAGUAAUAUGUGUAUGUAUGUGUAUAUACCGUAUAUUAUAUUUUAAAGACAGUGCCUCCUAUUUAGGCAUACCGGAGAGGUCAUCCCUGGGCAAACCAGUCAAGGAAGGGAUAGAAAGGGCUUUUCUAGAUGCUAAGGGACCCAUCAGAGCAGGGCUGGCGACAUUGGGCAUCAUUCAGGAGGAGAGUGGUCCUUUCUCAGCCGCGUCGAAACCCGUUUGCAAUUUCUGCUCAUUUUAAUAGGCAGCAGGUUUGCAACCCCUGUGGCUGCAAGAGUCUCACAGGGCAUAAAAUCUCAGAAGGUGGGUGGGUGGGGGACAUUGGAGUAGGAACUUCUGCUCUCAGGAGCCGGGGGUGAUUAUGAAGUCCGUCCUUGAUACGUUAUGCAAAAACUAAACCGUGGAUGCAGACUGUCAGGAUUUGAAAAGUUAAGUGCUCAGGCUGGAGCAGCAGUUGGCUAAUAGUGCAGAUUUUUGGCUCUAGAGUUCAGGAAACUCUGGCCACGGCAAUAGGAUCAUAGAAAAGUGAAGUUGGAAGGGGCCUACAAGGCCAUCAAGUCCAACCCCUUCCUUGGUCAAG